GGGACACCCUUAAGGCGAUUUAAAAGGACAUGAAUUAAGUAACAAAUAUAUCAAUUCUGAAAUUUUAAGCCUUUAUAAAACUUCAUGCAUGGUAUAUCAUACAUUUGCAUUUCCAAAACAAAAAGAAGACACAUAUAUAUAAUAUAUGGCUAGAAAUGGUGGUGUGACGUAUAAACAAAUAACAUGUUCCUUCAUUAUUAUUGGAUUUGUUAUUUGUGCUAUCAUUGUUGAAUCGCAUGACAGUAUUCCAAAAUGGUCUUCAGCUCAAUACGAUGGUCUUCAACAUCCGGAAUAUAAGCUGAAACGUUGUGCUCAAUCAUGCAAGAGCCGCUAUAGAAAUAAUCCGGAGGCGGCGGAGGAUUGCAUUAGGAGAUGCAAUGCUAAGUAUGUUCCUCCGGUGGAAAGUUAUAACAAUGAGAAGAGAGAAAACCAAUUUGUCCAAGCAUGGCGAAGCAGAAUCUGGCCAGAGGUGACAGUAGCGACGAACGAGGACGCGAUGAUGAGAGAUGCACCGGAGUAAGGAGACACGACGACGCAAAGUAGGGGAGCCACAAAUGUGACGGUGUAGUAUUGGAGACGCACCGGAGCUGGCAAGACGAAUCAGAGGAGCCGGUGAUCGUGACUUCUGUACUUUGGAGUUUGCCGUUCGAGACUUCAGGAGAGGCUGACUAGUGAAAAAGAGUUGUUGAGUGACAUUGAGAGAGAACGAGGAAGAAGAAUUUAGUAUUAGGACUACCGUUAACGUGAUUUGAAAAAUUAAAAAAAAUCGUUUCUAAUC